AUGGUGAUAUUUGCAGUAUUGGUUAUUGUGCCUUUACCGCAAGUAGUGUGCAGGGCUAAAUGCAGUGUCAGUGACCCUCUGCCAUUUCUUCACAAGCAAUACCAGUCAGGAGACCUCAUUGUUGUGAACAUGCUCUCUCAGAUCUAUGUCUUUCACAAAAUGAUGGACUUCAGCAAACGUCCCUCUGAGGAGCUAUUUGAGGACACUGUAGUCAUGACUCCAAUCUACCAGCAUAUCUUGGCCUUAGAAUUUGCCAUCAAAGAAAUUAACAGAAAUCCUCAUAUUUUACCCAAUCAUACUCUUGGAUUUCAGAUCUAUAAUACCUACUUCAUGACAAGUUGGACAUACCGUGCCUCAUUGGAACUUUUUUCUAAAAAGGGCCAGUUCAUCCCUAACUAUAACUGUGAUACACAGCAAAGACCAAUAGCAGUUCUUGGAGGACCUACCACUGAGGUGUGUCUGCACAUGGCUACCAUCCUGUCCCUCUACAAGAUGCCACAGAUAAUGUAUGGUUCCACUAUUGAAAGUAACUUGAAAAACGAGAUGGUUUUAUAUCAACAAAUGUUUCCAAGAAUGGACCAUCAGUAUAAGGGAAUUUUUCUAUUAUUGCUGCAUUUCAGUUGGACAUGGAUUGGGAUCUUGUCUGUGAAAAAUGACAAUGGUGAGAAGUUUAUACAAGAUCUGGUUCCCAUGUUAGCCCAGAAGGGGAUCUGUUCAGACUUCAUUGAAACAUUUCCAAUCAUUGAUGACUCAAGCAGCAUUGUUGAGUUGGUGGAAAUGGGACUUGAAAUGUACAUGGUGGUUAUGAAAAGCACAGCUAAUGUAGUAUUAGUUCAUGGUGAAAUUUACGGAAUCAUAGUUCUGAGACUUCUUUCCACCAAUUUGAAAAUUGAAGAUGCACCAUUAUGGAGACAAGGUAAAAUCUGGGUUAUGACAGCUGAGAUGGAUUUCACUUCCCUUCCCUUUCUGAGGAAUAGUGACCUAGUCUUCCUCCAUGGUGCUCUGUCUUUUGCAAUUCACACAGAGAAAGUGUUAGGAUUCCAGCACUUUGUUCAUACGAGGAAACCAAACUUAGAGGAAAAAGUUAGCUUUGUCAAGCUCUUCUGGGAAAGUGCCUUUCAAUGUUCCUUCUCCAUCUCUGUUAUGAAUGAAGAUGAAAGUGAGGUUCCUUGCACUGGAAAAGAGAAACUGGAAGCUCUUCCUACAUCUGUGUUUGAAAUGGACAUGACUGCCCAUAGCUACAGCAUCUACAAUGCCAUCUAUGUUAUGGCAUAUGCUUUCCAUGACUUCCAUUCAUCAGUGCUGGAAUACAGAGCGAGAGGGCACGAAGUCCAACUGGAACAUCUGGAUCAAAAACUGUGGAAGGUCCAACCUCUAUCUUGGUGUAAUAGUAAGUGCCAUUCAGGUUCUAGUAGAAACAAGAUAGAAGGAAAGCCAUUUUGUUGCUAUGAUUGUCUACGGUGUCCCCAUGGAAAGAUUUCCACCCAAGUAGACAUGGAUGAUUGCUUUCAGUGUCCAGAAGAUCAGUACGCAAACGUGAACCAAGAUUUGUGUCUUCCAAAGAUUGCAACAUUUUUGAUGUAUGAAGAAACGUUGGGGAUCACUUUGGCCAGUUCUGCUCUUUUCUUUUGUGUGAUGACAAUUGGAAUCCUUUGGAUUUUUAUUAAGCAUCAGGACACUCCCAUAGUCAAAGCCAACAACCGGAAUCUCACCUAUGCUCUCCUUAUUGCUCUCUUCUUGUCUUUUCUUUGUUGUUUCUUAUUCCUUGGGAAACCUGAUAAGGUGACGUGUCUCCUUCGUCAAACUACUUUUGGGGUCAUCUUCUCUGUGGCCAUUUCUUGUGUCUUGGCCAAAACCAUCAUUGUGAUUUUGGCAUUCAUGGCCACCAAGCCUGGGUCUAAGAUGACUAGAUGGGUGGGAAAUAGAUUGGCAGUGUCCAUCCUAUUGUGCUGCACCUUGCUUCAAGGAUUUAUUUGCAUUAUAUGGCUGGCAAUCUCUCCCCCAUUCCCAGAUGCUGACAUGAGUUCAGGGGCAGAAGAAAUCUUUCUGGAGUGUAAUGAAGGAUCAGUCUUCAUGUUCUACUGUGUCUUGAGCUACAUGGGUUUUCUUGCCAUUAUUAGCUUUACAGUGGCAUUCCUAGCAAGAAAACUGCCUGAUGUUUUCAAUGAAGCCAAGUUUAUUACCUUCAGCAUGUUGGUCUUCUGCAGUGUCUGGUUGUCCUUUGUUCCAACAUACUUGAGCACCAAGGGGAAAUACAUGGUUGCAGUGGAGAUCUUCUCCAUUAUAGCUUCUAGUGUUGGGUUACUAGUUUGCAUUUUUUUCCCUAAGUGUUACAUCAUUGUCCUAAGGCCUUCCCUCAACAACAAAGAACAGCUAAGAAGACAAACCCACAGAAAAAUGUAA